AUGGCAGUCAACAAAUCUGUCAUUGGGACAUCCAUUAUUCCACUUGCUGGACGCGGUCUCUUCCUCACAGAACUUGUCUACGCUGGUGAACUCGUUUUCAAUGUCCCGAGACCUUGGCUGUGCGUUGUUGAUGGGAAGAAUCUGCGGAAGACUUGUGAUGAAUGCUUUGCAUACAAUGGAGUAUUGGGCACCAACAAUCCAGAGAAGACGGAGCCUUUUCUGGAGUGCAAGUGCAAAGUUGUUUAUUACUGUUCUGAGACAUGCAAAGCAAAUGCUUGGAAGACUCACCACAAAAUCGAAUGUGCCGCUUACCGCAAGAUAGCCCAAACCGAACCAGAGAUAAACUCCUUAAAUCCACAGUUUGAAAGACGCUUCCGACUUAUCACCAGACUAUUUGCUCUCAAGAAAAUGGGGACGAUUCCUGAAGAAGACUUCAAACUGUUUUUCGAUUUAGCUCAAGGCGAAGAAGCCACGGAUGCAUGGAUUGAGUUUACAAUUGAGAGACUCUACGCGACCGGACUUACCCAUAUGUCGCCUAGUAAGCUCAGACGUUGGAUCCAAGCUGUAGGAAACAAUGAUUGUGAGAUAGAUACCCCGAGAAUCUUGACCACGGAGGAACUCGAAGGAGAUGAACCGUACGCGAAAAAAGUGGAAGCAAUUUCGCUUGGUGCAUGUGUUGAUCCGUACUACUCCAUGAUCAACCAUUCCUGCAUGCCAAACUCAUACUGGGUUUUCAAUGGCAGAGAACUCCAAGUUCGGGCAGAGCGAGAUAUGGUUGCCGGGGAGGAAGUGACUAUAUCCUACAUUCCAAGAGGCGCUUACGUAGAUCGGACGAUAUCAUUGGCCUCAUGGGGAAUUCAUUGUACCUGCCAGCGCUGCUCGAAAGGUGUCAUUGAACCGACUGGACAACUGAGAGAGGCAAUUAAGGAGGCACUGGAUGAGCAAAAAUGGAAGUACAUCAGGCCGACAGCACAGUGCAGGAUACUCCGUACUUUGAUCAGCGAUGUGUGGUGCGACGGCAACACUUGGGGCGCUUGGCCAAUGAGACUCCUGCUGGUAAAGCUUCACGACUCACUUAGAGCUGCCGAUCAAGAAUGGGGAGUUCUGCAGGUUCUGCUAAGACUCAGGUAUUCGGUCGAUGAUCAGGAGCGUCCGAAAGCUUUCCUUUGCGAGAGAGUUCAGACCUUGAGGUUACUGGUGUCCUUUGUUGGCUCAGUGUACCAUGGUCGUUGUGGAAGCGGCGCAGGCAACCUGGUAGUUUGGAUUAAAAGCCUAUACCCGUAUUACCGUCGGCUAUUGUUGUAUGAGGUACAAAUGUGCUAUGGAGAGGACUCGGCAUUGGCAAAGUGGGAGUUGAAGCGAAAUAUGGAGGAAGAGGGUGUGGAGCAAGGCGACGAGGCAGAGGAGAAGGAGAUUUUUCGGCGAUCAAUUACUCUACUUCUCACGUGGGCAUCGAAACACGAGUCUUUGUCAACCUCCUAGGUUGCUUCUAUUCAUGAUGUACUAUACGUUUAGAUACG